UAGAGACCUUGAACAAUGAACUGCUAAGAAAAGAUGGUUGAUCUUUGUAGAAGUGGCAGUAGCAAGAAGGCAGGAUCGUCUGCAGCGUCUUCCGAGUUUGGUCACGACCCGACUAUAGCUGAGACUCCUUCUGGAGGGGGAGGGAGUGGACAGCAUGCGACCUCGUCCCCACUGGAGAUGUUCAGAUUCCUCAACCGCAGUGCCAAGAAGACCAUCACCCUGAGACGCAGUUGCAGUUUCGAGUCAAUAGCGGAAAAUAACAAGCUACCCCCGGAACCCAAAAAGUCUUUCGGAGGAAUGAACUUCCUCAAGCAAAUUGGUCUUAAGAAAGCCAAAAAAGGAAACAAUAACAUCAAUGUGGCGUCUUCUUGCUUCCCUGGCCAGUGUGCGACUACAAAUGCAACACGCUUCUGCUGUUCGCCUUCAGGUGUCCCAACGGCUUCGUCUCAAAUUAAGUACAGAUAGAUGAACUUAAUAAAAAAUGAUUUCUAUUCUGACCUUGAACUGAAUUAUAUUUAUCAAGCUUCAUGGGAAUGUUUUGACUCAACUUUAAUGAUGAUGACGAUGAUAGAGUUUGCACACUUUUUAGUGUUAUUGCAAAUGAAAGCAUUCCGAUUUUCUCAAAUUGAACCAUGAAGUAGUUGACCUUGAACGGUCAUUUUAAGGUCAUAUAGUUUCUUGAGUUAGUUAAGUUCGUCCCAAAAUCGUUACCUGUUCACUUCCAUUAACCCUGAAACUUUGCUAGUGUUUGAAUGAAACACCUAUAAUUUAUUGCAUACUGUUUGUUUAUAAAAGCAACAUUACCAAAUCACAUCAAUAAUUACAUCACAAGUCCGUUUUCUCUUACAUUGAUCUUAUUGCUGUCAAAAUUGUCUCAAAUAGUUUGCAGUAUGAAUGCAGAAUGCUUUCUACAAUCUAAGAGGUGUCUAUAAUUAACAUGUACUAAUAUGUCUCAUGUUUUCGAUAUUUUUGUACUGAAAGUUAAUUGACGUAGCUUUGAUUUUGGUAACUCGGUGCUCCAUGUAAAUCUUACCUCUAACGUACGAUAAGAAUAAAUCGUUAAAAAACCAUUUAUUUUGGUCAUACAAUUCCGCCGAUAAUUAAUGUU